UGAAAAAGAGUUUGGAAAAUAGAAAAUAUUUAUAACAUAUAGCAAUAUAAGAUCCAUACCAGAGUUGUGAUUUGUGGUGUGUUUGCGUCUGUGGUCGAGUGAAGACUAUGUAGGACUGGAGGUACAGUCGUCAUGUCUGGGAGGUCAGUGCUUGGUCGACCCCGGCGCACGAAAGUAUAUGACUGUAAUUACACGGCUGGAGAGAGGUACUACAAACCCGUGGUGGAUUCUCUAGACCGGAGGACUGCUGGUAGAUUCUCCUCUCCAGCUUUGAGAUCAACAUUAGCGGCAGAUGAAAUCGAGGUUCCGACUUUCCGAAGACAAAUAUCCAGACCUGACGAAGAUUUUGAUACAGAUGAACCACGCAGGCAAGUGAACACUGCUCUCAUGGACGAAUUCGAUUCUAUUUUUGAAAACCGUAGCAGAGCCAUUCGUUCAGAACGGUCACCGAACAGAAAUCUGAGGACGUUAGAAGACGAAGCAGACGAAGAGAUCUCGUCAUAUUUGAAACGCGUACGAGAAACCAGAGCAGCCAGAAAAACCCUCGAGGACGAGUUCGAAUCGGAAGUGACACCAAGAGGUAGCAAGAGACGUCCUAUUAUAGACUUCCAAGAGAAACUGCUUGAUAGUGUGGGAGUAAAGAAUUCUGAUAUCGACAAAGCUCGUUUGGCAAUACAGGAUGAUGCCAUAUUCAAAAAACGUACACUGAGGGUGACGUCUGAGGAUGACGAAGGGGCACCCUCGCUGACCAAGUGGUCGUCUCUGAACCGUCGCAGUCAGCUGGACGGCGUGGAGCCGGAGGAGUUUGGAGCAGCCGCGGCUAGAGCACGCAAGACAAGAUCACGCCUUCAAGAUUUGGACACCGAAAUUGAGGAACUAGCAGGUCGAUCCGCGGCCCGCGAGAAGAGAGCAGAACAGCUGAGAGCCCUGGUGAAGGAAAACGAGGCAAACGCUACCGAAUCGUCUUUGUCUAGCAGCAGAGUUGUCAAGAAAGCUACUGUCAGAGCUGAGAAAAAGACAGUCACGUUUUAACUGCAUCUUAUUGCAGGGAAUGAAGGGACAUUAAGAAGUGACAUUAACUUAUCUUAAUUAAUUAAAGUAGAACAGUGUGAUAUUAUAGCCCCUUGCAUCAGUAUAUCAUAAAACGUCGCAUAAUUUAGAUAUUUUUGUUCAAACAAGCUUCUCUAUUCAGGAGAAAAAUGUAUCGUAUUUUUAAGCAAAUUCUUACUUCAACGAUAGAAUUAUUUUCUAUCCUUCGGAGGUAGAAUUAUUCACGUUUGUAAAAAGUUAAAACUGAGAGAUGCUUAAUUAAUUUCGGAGUUUGAUACAUGGAGCUAUAAUACCAAACUUGUCCUACCUUACAAGAAAGAACUGAGAAAAAUAUUAAGUUCAUCAAAUUUUCAGGUCAGCAGCAUCGAAAUUUCAUAUCUCUGUGCCAUAAAUUUAAAGGUAACUGAAACUGAAUAAUUUUGCAGAAGAAAACAUCGGUUUAUAAGCUUUGAAAGUAAUCGAUCCGAAAAAGUUAAAUUCAGUUUCGACCUUAUAACUGCACAGGGGUUUGAGAUGCUGCAGCUAAUAAGUUAUUUAUUUUCAUUCAAAAUGUCUUCUGUAGUUCUGUGCAAAUGUUUUCUUUCUGAGUGUUCUUUGAUAUUAUAUGUUGACAGCUUUAUUCCUUUCUCAAAGAAAAGCUAACACUGGGUGCAGUAGACUAAUAGUAACUAGCUAAAUUGCGCGCGUCAUACUAUCCCCCCCCAAACAUCUAAUUUAUGACUUAUGCAAAUUUGUUUUUAUACAUAUGUCUUUUUCGUGAUUAUUGUGUGUUUUGACCGGGAUAUAUCGAUUCUCUGCCAGCCACGAAGAGUUACUUCUCGCCGUGUACAUAAGCUGAUUAACCGGAUAUAAUUUGAGAUAUUUUACAUAACGUUUUUAUAAUCUGAAUAUACCCCCUACACAGCUAAGCUUGUACGUUGGUUUCUCAUACAGGGAAUUAUUUGUGACUGUGUAAAGUUUCGUAGAAAGGAGUGUCUUUAAUAAAAUAUUUAAUGGGAAGCACACUGAACGAGUAUACAAAAGUUUCGCAAACAUUUAUUAAAGGGGAUGAGAACUACAAGAUCCUAAAACUCCAAAGAUAUUUUUAGUUUCAGGUGACUUCGGCGCCCGUUGUACCUCGUGACAAAGACACCAAGAGAACAUUGUUACUACUCUGACGAUCAAGUAAAGGCCAUUACAUCAGUUAACAGUGAAGUUAAUCUGUCUUUCUUUGGAUUCUGAAAACAGCUGGAAGAUAAUCGCUGAACUUAGAAAGGAUAACGGAUUUUCGGGACAUAUGAUACAGAUGCAAUUUACCCAGUGUACUUGUAACAAUAUAACUCCAUUCAGCAAUGUCCUUCUUCAUAAACUAAUAGUCUCUCAGCUAAUCAACAAGUUCCUCGCCUUUUAUAGAACCAUAAGUAACAUUACCGUGCUAACGACAGCCCACCACUGGAAAAAUUCCAAGAAGCUGUAUUUUAUAACACGCUGGUCAUUUUAUAGCGAGGAGUUGUUGACCGCUACAAAAAACAUCCAAUCUGAAGGAUAAUUCCUUGUCGGGUUAUCCCGACUGCUCAUUCAGAAAUUAUACUUCAUAUUUGUCUCCUUCACUCACAAGCUGAGAACGCGUCAUGUGCCUAAGUGACAAUAAACUUAUUUAACCUCCUGAA